AUGGAGAAAAUGGGACUCGCCUGUCCAUUGGCAUUUCUUGCUGGCCGAACUCAGCGUAUUAAAACCCAUUUAUUAGAUCUCAACCACGACUGCUUCUUGGAGAUAUUUUCUUAUUUGCCUUCGAAGGAUAAAUUAAACUUAGCACGAACACAUCCAAUGUUCCGCGAUGUGUUGGUAUCCUCAGCAAAACGUCGCUAUGCUAGAAUUAACAUGAGAAUGUUAAAGCGCUUGACUGACUGGGAGUAUUUCUUUGAGAUUUGUGGCUUGGCAGUGGGCGAAUGUGUGCUCCGACACGGUUGCUAUGAUGACGAGAUAACUCUGCCUUUUUUAUCCCUAUUGCAUCAGUGCAAAAAUCUGAGGCACAUGCAGCUGAUAUUUGUCCACUCGGAUAAAAAAGAAACGGCGGAGAAUAGCGGCAAUGCUAAUAUACUAAGCCUGCUGCAGGACAUGCAAUUGGAAAGUCUGAGCUUAACCGACGCCAAGGCAGUCGAAGUGCGUCAGUUACAACAUUUUGUGACACUGCAGGCAUUACAUAUAGAUGGCAUCGAUGUGGAAUUGAGUGACAGGGAUCUCGAACUGAUCUUUCAAGCACUGCAGCAAUUGCGCAGAUUAUCGCUGCGCUUCACCAACCAGCGUAGUUUUCCGCCUUUGUCGAACAAUUGUACGCAACUGGAGCACUUGUCUCUGGAAAACUUCAAUGCUGACAUAACUGAUAUUGGUAAAUUUAGCAAGCUCAAAACACUGCGAUGUAACUGGCGCUUUUACGGCCGCCUGAAUAACCAGCUCUUCAGAACGCUGGCAUAUAGUAUUAGGUCAAGUUUGGAGCAACUGCAUCUGACUGCGGUACGGCCCGACCAAGUGGGGUAUGUACUGAUGCUAAAGAGACUUAAGGCAUUUAGCUGUAAUAUCUACCCAAGUGAGGCCGUAUUGGAUUUGCAGCAGCUGCAACAGUUGCAAUGCUUGUCACUAAAAACUCAACCGAUCCGCAGCUUUAAUGAAUUGCUGACCAUUAUAAAAGCAUGCAACAAAUUGCAGCAUUUAAAAUUGGGCAAAAAUUUGCUACCAAACGAUAUGCUACUAGAACAGUUUCUCUAUCUAGUGAACGAGCACCUACAGAAUCAUGCACGUGCAGCGCUUGUGCUAACGCUGGACUCUAACCCGAAUCUAUUACAAAAUCAUCUUAGUGCUAGCCAAGCUGUACUUCAAAUGGAGAAACAACCUUUAUUGCAAGUCAAGGGACCCACCUCAGUGUGCCAAUUGUGCAAACCUGACCGCCAUAACAAAACUGAAGUAUUUCUUAACUAAUUUUUUA